AACCUAGACAUACCUUGAUUUAUAAAGAAAACUUAUAUUUUCAGAUAUCAAAUGACAUAAGAGAUAAACUAAGCUGAUCACCAGAUACUUUGUCACAAUAUUACCAAGAAAAUAAAUUUUUUAAUAGGAAACAGAUGACUUCAAAUGACGUAUGUAUAUUGUCAAAGUACAUCAUUGAAUGUAAACACUGACGCAUGUAGGUAUUUUAUUUCUCGAGUACAUAUCAAAUGCUGCCAACACAAUUUUUAUAGGUGGGAAAAUUUGCUUACUCCCUCCUGGGCUUCUGGAGCACCAUUGGACACCACACAGCACACUCUCACUAGGUGUACCUGUAUAAAUGAACACCAACACAUAGCAGAAGACUUUCAUUACUCUAGUACAUUGUCCGUGCCUAUGUACUCUGUUUGCUUGUACUCAAAGAGUAUCAGUGUGUGAACGUGGGAUCCAUGAGUGUUGAGUGUAUAUAAUAUAUAUAUUUUUUUAUUUUAUAAUAUAUUCCAUCACCUAACCUAGUGUCUAUUAUUUAUUAAUAUUAAAUUCACCAGGUGAAUAUCAACAAUAGUAUUCCAGUUCAAUUUUAUCAACUAAAUUAUAUUUAUUUCUGUGAUAAAAGACUAUUAGCAAUUAUUUGGCUGCCUGGAUUUUGUAAUACUAGUACAUCGCAUUGCUUUAUAAUUUAUUAUUUAAUUUCAUGAAGAUCUCAUGAUAAUUUUAUAGCUUGAAUUUUUUUAUUUUAAUCCCGCUAUCGAUGUAAACAAUAAUAAACUGGUUAAAUUUGUUAUUUAAUCUGAAAUAACGAGUUGAGAGUUAGGAAAAGAGUGUGGUAGUAAAUGUAAAGUGACAAUUCAAUAUGGCAGGCCAGGAGUUAUUGUCUGUAUCAUCAAGUUUGACAAUAGCCCGUGGCGAUAAAAUAAAUGUCACUGUGGAAUCUGCGCUUCCUGACAUCAUCGUCGUCAGCUUCACCGAUGGGCUUAAAUCCUUCCAGGGUGCUUUGCUUGAUAUCACCAAGAAGGGAUUACCGUGCGGAAUAAAUCCACCUGAGGCAGCAGACCCCGACUCGGACAAACUGGUGACCCUGGCAACCAGGUUCACUUAUUUCCAGGACAAGCGACCGGUUGUUAAUUCAAUAGGUCGACAUAUCAACGCUGCGAGACAAAAGUACAAAACCGCAAGGCCUACGGUGAGAUUACGUCCUAGGCAGGUACUUUGUAACAAGUGCCAGUCGAUUUGCAACGAGAAGAAUGAGAAUGUAGACGCUGGCAAAAAGCGCAAGUUUAGAGACUUGUCUAAAGAAGACACUGGGUAUCGCAAAAGACGUCCAGAAGAUCAUGCAGUUAAAUUGUCUUCUCCAUUAAGAAAGUUGACCGAGGCUGAACCGGUUCGUGAAAUAGAAACCAAUGAUUUUAAGAGUUUUAAGAAUUUUAAGAGUAAGGCCGAAGGAAUUAAUGAUGAAGUCAAAAUGGAGAUUGCUGAAGAAGAUCAGGCUCAGGAGGUUGAGAAGGAACCGAUUGUUGUUGACUCUGUAAGGACAAAAGUCGGCCGGAUUCCUAGGAAGAAAAGAUCAGUUGGUUCGAUGGAAGAUCUUUGGGAUGAAAAUAUUUUUGAGGAUAUUAUUAAAUCCCCCAGGACUACGCCGAUAAUAAAAAUAUCUUUUGGAAGUCAAGGAGAGGGAACAGUUUUGAAAAUACCAGCCAAGACAAAAAUUUGUCUGGAUGAAGAGCCUGAAAAAGGUGAAAUAAUUUCAGACCCUCUGAAGCAGAGUAAAUUAAACUCGGACAUUUUGCUUGAUCUCCAGAAGGCUGGUAAAGAUUUGGCGUGCGCAAAAGCGGCAAAGAGAGCGCUUAAAAAAGCUAAGAAAGAGGCGCGUAGAAAAAUUCUCGCUGGAGGGGUUUCACCAGCUAGAUCUCCCUUGAGCACUUCUCCCAGGUACAAUUCGACGUUCAAUUCGUCACCACCACAGGCGCUGAUGUAUCACCGGCGCAAACACAAAGACAAGCAUGAAAAGAAGAACAAAGAAGAGCGUAAGCACAAGUCAAUGAUUGGUGUCGAACCGAUUGAGUCCAAGGGAGAAAAUGACAUGAGCUUGCUGAACCCGCUGAGUGAGGCGUCGGAGAACGAUCGAGGGGAUUUCAAUUUCGCUGACCGCGAGUCUUAUACGGCGAUUAAAGAGCAGUGUCUCAAGCAGAAACUGUGUAUAUCGCUGAGGCGACUUAAUGCUAAUGCUUACACUAGGUGUAAUUAUCCUGUUAGUAAUUCUUCGUCUGGGUGCAAGAGCCCGGGCACUAGCAGCGAAGAGCUCAGUGAAAUUGAGCAGGAACAGGAUCAAGAUCACCAAGCGGAAAGACAACCUGCUGAUAAUAGCAGCAAUUCUGAGUAUACUCCCGCUUCGCAAUUGGCUAUUAGAUUUACUACUACUCCAGUCGCGCAUUAUCUUUCUGCUACUGGCAGAAGGAUGGAUGUUGGUGAUAUUGUCUGGGGUAAAAUUCACGGGUUUCCUUGGUGGCCUGGCAAAGUUUUAAGUUUAUCAGUUUCUUGUAACGAAGACGGAACUUCAGGAAAUGCUCAAGCUCAUGUCGCGUGGUAUGGAUCAUCCACUUGUUCUUUGAUGUCUUGUGAUCGUCUGAGUCCUUUUCUUGAAACUUUUAAGGCAAGGUACAAUAAAAAAAAGCGAGGCCCUUACAAAGAAGCUAUACGACAGGCACAGUCGGAAGCACAACGUCAAAUGUUAUCGAAUUCAACGACAAAUAUAAAUGGCUGUGAAUCACCGCGUGAGGUAAAUGUUUUAUCUUGAUGAGUUAAAUAAUAUCAGGUCAGAUCAGGAAUGUUUAUAACACCAUCACUGCCAUUUGACUGCAUUAACAUCUUAAAUAUAUCAUUAUUAUUAUUUAUAUAUAAUACUAA